CUGCUAGCUCGCGCCAAGACGCAGGACCAACUGUUGGAUUCAGUAAUUAUUUAUGUUAAAUUCAAAUAUUAUUCUUCCAUUAAUUUUUUGUUGUGAUCUGAAAAUUGUUUUACCUGCAAGGUUUUAGUAAAAUGGAUAAUAAAGGAGCAAUGCUUGAUUUACUGGCUGCCGCUGCGGCAGUGGUGGGGUUAUCCAGUGAGAAGCCCUCUCCCAGAAUCGAAGCUGCUGCCAAUCAAAAAUCCACACCUAAUUCCAAGAAGCAAAAACAUCGAACGAGAUUGAGAACAAUGUCGGUGAGUCAACUGCAGUCAUUGUCAGCCAAUCAGCUGAUCAACCUUUUUGCAUUUUUGGGAGGCGACGAAAUGAAGAAGACGUUCUACUACCAAUGCCGAUUCUCGCCGGUCUGCUCGAAACGAUUCCACAGCUUUGGCAGUGAGGACAGAGCUCGCCUGCUCAUCAAGGACCAUCUGCUCAAGCAUGUACAGAAUCUCAAACCAGAUAUCCAGGUGGACACCCCGCCAAAGAAGCAACCGAAAACUGUUUCGCCGAAAAAGCAGAUAGUCCGUGUGCUGAAGAAAGUGGACAAAGUGAAGAUGGCGACAUCUGCCGCUGAACAGUCGGUGAGCAGUGCCCACUGUUACGCCGCGCCCCGCCCCGACUCCCCGCCGCCAUGCCGCGACUGCGAGCGGGAGGACACCUACAACUGUGGCCGACUCACUAUGCCCUACUACCUCCCCGACUCUUCGCCCAGCGAAACCGUCAUCAUCGAUUUCAAGGCCGACCAGAAGACUGUCAUACUGCGCGAGCCUGCUGCUGAUACUCGUAUGAACGAAGCCGCCAACAAUGUGUGUGAUCAAGAGGUGAUCGAUGAUUGGCUGUCAGUCUGCCAGGAAGAAGUAGUUGUCAGCACUGAUGAAACGCCCUUUGUUGUCGACACGGAACAAAUAGUCAACACAACUCCUGAAGGGUGCAACGUGGCUUAUAUAGAUAUCAAACAUGAGAUAAAGACAGAAGAACCGCGUUUCGAUGGUGAAGAAGGAGAGGAGAUGUACAACGAGGAGCAAGUGAACUACACCGAGGAACAAGUCGUCUUCAACGAGGAACAAGUGGUCGUGUUAAAGGCGGAAGAAGGAGAGGAGAUGUACAACAACAUGCGAUUGGAGAAGGAGCGCAAGCCGAAGGGCAAGGCCAAGUUCAUCGGCCAAUCAGAUGCCGAGAAGCAGAUGGCGAUGCAGAUGAUCAAGGCGGUGCGCCGCAAGCAGGUGGACACCGAUCGGCUCGAGUGCAAGAUAUGCAAACCGCCACGCCUCUUCACGGCACCCACAACGCUCAUCAGCCAUUAUCGCAGUCAUGCAGGUAUAAAGCCGUACGAGUGCCCGCUGUGUAAGUCGGUGUUCACACGGCAGCACAGCCUCAACUACCACAUCCUCAUCCACAUGAAUCAGACUCGUUUCACGUGCGAGGUGUGCGACAGAAAGUUCCGGCAUCCCUCUCACUUUAAGGAGCACCAGCGCCGCCAUACUGGCGAGUCGCCCUUUGAGUGCGAUGACUGCUCGCUCAGAUUCAAAACACGCAACACGUACAAACGGCACCUGAAAACACGUCACGGCAAAGUGUUGACACAGACAGGCGACAUCACGAUGCUCAGCGAGGAGGAAUUCAGGCGCGUGCGCACAUGUCCACGCCAACGACAGCCGCACGCGACCGCGCGCGACCUCGACAAGGAGAACAGUCGCCGGCCGCCGCAAGUGUUCGCGAACGCCAACGCGAACACGAACGCGCAACCAACGACCAAAGCGCGCCUCGUCAUCAUGGACGCUGCAGCCGGUCAUCAUCACGAUGACGUCAUCACAGUCAGUCUGCCAAUAAGCGAUCAGUCCCCUCCACCAACCCCCACCAUCACACUACUCACGCCCAAUAAUAUCAACUACUUUCCGCCCAAGGCCAGUGUCUCCUAGAGGCAGCAUGCUGUAAGGAUGCUACAAUCGGUUUCUGUUCCGAGAGAAGGAAGCCACUGUUGGUUCUUGAGAGAGCCCCCCUCACAGAGAGCGAUCUGUGAUCUCAUGGAUUCCUAAAUCUGUAUCCAAAGAUGCGUACAGACGUGAGCCCCACGAACAAUCGCAUUUCACUUUUCAUCAACUGAUGGUACGCUUUUAUAUAUGUUUGCCGGUUGCACAAGAGCCUGUUGAAAUUUAACAGUGAUUUAUUCCACGACACCCAAUCAAAGAUGGCUAUUUUGAAAAGAUGGUUUCUCUUGGAUUUUAAUCAUGAUUAUUAAGAUUUAACAGGCUUUUGUGCUGCGGGUUUGAAUCUUACUGUUUCUGUACAAAUGCAGAUAUAACCAGCUGUUGAAAAGUGAAAUGCGCGUGUUCGUGGCGCUCAAGUCUGUACGCAGCUUAAGAUCGCUCUCGUUGUGAACCCUAUUGGUUGUUGAAGAAAUAUUAAUAAACUCGGCAGACUAGGGCCCAGUUUCUAGGACACUUAAAAUCUAAUGGACCAUUAAACCUAUAGAUUCAAGUAAGUGUACUAGAAACCGCUGCCUUGCACUAGUUGAUUUUAUGAUGGUCAGAUAAAUUGAUUGUGGUAUUAAAUUGGUAUCAAUUUUAUGAUAAUCAAUACGUAUGGAUAUGAAUGAACUGAUUUUUUUUAAUACAAACAUUUUCAAACAGUAUGAAUAAUAAAUUAUAUAAAUAAUGCAUCAGAUAAGUUAUCAUAAAUUAAAUACACCAAGAAAUCAUAAAUAAAAUGAUAUUUUGGAACUUUUCUAUUAUUCAAAAGGAUUGAAUUUCACAAUUCAAUCAAACUGUACUGCAAGUGGAAUCUUCAUAUGCACUACAAACAAAAGAGAACCUUGAGUUUGGCAAUGAGUCGCGAAAUGUCAUUCGAAUAUAUGAAAUUUAAUAUAAUUAUAUUAAAUUAAAUAAUAUAUUAGAUAAUUUAUUAUUUAAAUUAAAUUUAUUUUAAUAUAAUUGAAAAUUUUAUCAUGUAUUUUUCACAGACAACCGAAGAAUAGUUAUAGAGAUUCAAAGGCCAAACUAUAAUCUAGUAGUAUUAGAAAACAGAGAGUAUUAGGCCCAACUCACACUUUCGCGACUCAGGUCGAGAAGAGACUCGACUCUAGUCGAGAGCAUGUGUUUCCAAGUGGUGACACUCAGACCAGUCGAUUCUUGUCUCCGCGACGUCACCAUUUGGAAACACAUGCUCUCGACUAGAGUCGAGUCUCUUCUCAACCUGAGUGGCUAAGUGUGAGUUGACCCUAAUAAAUGGAAUAUAAUAAAUUCAAAUUGAUAUAAAAAAUCAGAUUGAUUGAAUAUGAAGUUGGUAUCAAUUAUAUUAUAUCGUUAUGAUUGAUUUAUACAUUCAAUUGAUAUCGAUUAUCGGAGUAGCACAGUCAAUAGUCUGCCAACGUGUGAACAACACUCCCCUAAGAACUAAUGUGUUUCUGCUUAGCGAUUUCGAUUAUCGAUAUAAUGAUAUCGAUUAUCGGAAUAGCACAGGCAAUGUGUGAACUCUCCCCUGAGAUCUAAUGUAUUUCUGCUUGGCGAUUUCGAUUAUCGAUAUAAUGAUAUCGAUUAUCGGAAUAGUACAGUCAAUGUGUGAACUCUCCCCUAAGAACUAAUGUAUUUCUUCAUAGCAGAACAGAAAUUGAUUGUAUCAUAAAUGUGGUAAAUUGACAGGGCUUAACCACUACCUCCGUAAACAAUGCCGUAGUGCAUUCGUAUGACGUCAGCAAAGGUAGGGAUUCUACACAAAUAAAAAUUCGUUGAUAUCAGCUGAUCUAUAUCAGCUAGUGUUUUUAUUGGUGUAGGAGCCCUACCUGUGCUGACGUCACACGAAUGCACUAUGGCUUUGUUUAUGGAGGUAGUGGCUUAACACUCCCACCUACGAAAUUCCUCAAAGGAGUUUCUCGCUGUAGAUUUGAUGUGUUUUGAUAAAAUAUGAAUUUGUAUCAUAACAGUUUUGUGAUGGUGAUAGGUUGAUUGGUACUGAAUUGUUAUCAUAUUUAUUGAUAUUAACUAUUAAUACUAUGAUUCUGAUAAUGAAAAUCAAGGACUAUACAUUUUUAAUACUACGCAAUGAUAAUAUUCUAAAAUUCCAGUGAUUCGGUGAUAUGACAACUAAGUUAGUAUUUUUGUAAACAAUUUAUGAGAAUAUACCUCAAUCUUAUUGAAUGAGAAGUAAAGAAACUCAAUGAGAACAUUCUAAAUCCGAGUUAUUUGGAUUAGACCAAUAAGUGUAGUAAUUGCCCAAAAAUUUUAUACUUUGACACAAAUGAGAAUAUUCUAAAUCUUGGUGAUUUUUAUCCGGUCAUUGAUAUUUUGCCUAGUAUUUUUAUAAAAAGUUUUCGAACAUAUCAAUAUUAUUACAUUAUAUAGUACAUUAUACAGCAAUAAAUUGAAAGUUUUAUACUGUGACUUAUACAAGAAAAAAUUCAUAGUAUUUUUUCUUAAUGAUCAAUAUUAGUUCAUAUAUAUUGCAUUUUUGUAAUAAUAGUUUAAAUAUACUACGAUUACUAUACGGGAGAAUUUUGAUACUGAUAACAUAUUCUAUCUUAUAAGUAUUGUGAUACUAAUCUUUCGUGAUUUUUAAUGCAUAUUGUAAAAUCCUUUGCUCCAUACAUUUCCAACGGUCUACAAUCAAGGAGUAUUGUGGAUUUCUUGAUUGUUUAAAUCAAGUGCCUUAUUUACAGUAAUAAUGUUUGCUCCAAAACUGAGAAUCACAAACUCGUAUUUUUUCGAUAACUAUAUUACAUUAGUUAGGCUCAUGUAAAUUUGAUGUAUUUAUUUUGUACAUUUAUUUUCGAAUAAAAACUUGUUUCUCAUAGCUUUGCCUUUUGAUAAAGAUAGUCUCAUAAUAAACUUAUCUUUGCAUUUUAAUAAUCUUCUCUAUGAUUCUUAUCAUACGGUAUUGAACAUAAUGGCUCACAUUUAAAAAUGAAAACAGCUCAAGAUAAAUAAAUUACAGCCCUAAUUGACAUACAUCGGUUUUUUAACUGUUAUUGUUGUUGAUACAUCUUUUCUGAUAAAGAAAUUGAUUGGAAUAAACAAUUAAACUUCUACCAUAUAUUUGAGAUUUGAGUGACAUAUAUCUCUCAAUGGGAUUGAGCUGUAGUUAUUAGGUAACUAUUUUCAGCAAUAAUAUAAAUUUUUGUAUGAAUCCACUUUUCCUAAAUUUUACUCCUGAAUAAAACCAAUUUCAUAUUUUAGCAGAAUACAGUCUCCUUUUAUAUGUUUUUGUCAAAUACUUUACCAAAGCAUAUCCUCCAAAUACAAUAGUAAGAGCUCUCAUUGUAAAUAAUAUGUUUGUAAGUAAAUCACACGUUACACAAAUCAGAUUCUUGUAGUCUCAACCCUCAUCAGAAAAAUUCAUAAUAUGAUUCUAAUCAGAGAAAUAUAUUAAUUCAUUCAGUCAUUUCAUAACUAGCAAUUUUCAGCUUAAAAGUUUCUUUUUUUCAAUUUUCUCCAUGAAAUCGAUUGUCUGGCUUUUUAAAAUUAAAUUACUCUUUAUACUUCACUUAAUUUUUUUGCUUAAUAUAGUUUUUCUUACAGGAGACCUUGCUACUCUAGAUUCUCUACUUAAUGACAACCAAACUAUAAUAUUAGAAUCAACGAUUUUCAAUUCCAAUCAUUUUGAUUGAACAACUUUUAAAUUGCUGUUUUUCUCUUUUAAUCUAAAAUUUUCAUAAUGUUUUAAAAUUAUUGUUUUGGGUGUUCUUCUUUUCAAUAAAUUCAAGUACUUGAAUAAUUAUGUAGAACCCUCGUUUGCAUAAAUCGAAGUAUUAUGUCAAAUUCAUUUUUGAGGUGUGAAUAGGAUUACAAAUAUUUUUGAAACAUUCUUAGUGAACAGAUCAAUUUAAUUUUAUUUUUUAUGAUCAUAAUAGCUUAUUUAUGUUUUUCAUGUAAUCAAAUCAACAGUUUUAUUUUAGUUUUGUUCACCUUCAAUAUUCAGUAAUCAUAGGGAGCUGCAUGUUAGCUUUUUUCUCAAUUAUAUUUGAGUGAAUUUUAGAAUUUUGUGUAAUAUUAAUAGUUUUAAGAGAUAUUCUUUUCAAAAAUUGAUCAAUUCCGAUCAAUGUUUUGUGAAAAUAAAUUAAUAUAGCACUUAUCAGGUAAAAUCAAUAAUACUGAUGUAAUACUACAUUCCAGGGCCUGAGAAAAGACUGAUAUCUAUAAUAUAUAUUAUGAAAUUGUUUUGCUAAUCUUAUUUGGUUACAAUUUCUAACCAUUUUUGAGCCCUAAUAUUAAUUAUUUAGUUACUUGGUACUUGAACAGAAUUAUUAUUUGUAUCAAUUGAAGUUUUUCAUUAUUAUUUGAUUUGAUUUGACAUGUAUGUAUUUGAUUUUUAGUUUAGUCUUUUAGUUGAAAUUCAAUUAAAUUAGAGAAAUACUUAAUUGCUAUUACAUAACAUAAUAAGGUGGAAAUUAUUGCUCUGAAUACUCAAGAUUUUUCGUUUAGCUGGGGUGACCGACUUAUAUUUCAUUCAUUCCAUCUUAUGUGAAGUAAUUCAUAAAAAAUAGAUGCCAUAAUUGCCAUUCAAUAUUUCAUCUGGAGUAAUUGAAGUAGAACAGUCCUUUCAAUCAGUGUACUGUAAUAAUAUUUUGAAAAGUUUGGAUUCCGAUAACAAUAGGCUUAUCACCUUUCUUUUAAGCCGUAUCUCUGGUUUGUAGAAUAGAUUUGAAUGAUUUUUAUUUUGCAGAUAUGAAAGACAGAUCUACCCUGUUAUAGAUCCUAAUUGACAUAGAAUACAGAGAUCUUUUUAUAGACAUGUAUCCGCUAUGGCUUAUAGUUGAGAUCGACCAAUGUUUUCAUUUUUUAAUACUGAACUAACGACUGAAUAAAGGCCUUCAAUGACAAAAUUAGUACGGAUUAAUAAAUAUUUUUAUUAACUAUUAAAAUAAAUAAGGACAUUUUGUUACAAGAGCUAUAAUGUUUUAUUUAUAAUAAUUAUAAAUCUAUAUUUAGUAUUUUUAAUGUACUACUCUAUAAAGCAAUAAUUAAUUAUUAACGAUUCACAGGACGAACAAUAAUAUUCCUUACUCAUUCAAAUUACAUGUUUUGAAUAAUUUUAACCCAGCAACAUAUUUUACAUAAAAAUUCUUGUGCCUCAGUUAACUACUGUACUGCGAAAAUAUUUAUAAAAGUAGCAUUUUAGUUUUGUAAGUUGUAAGGUUUUGUAUUGUAUUUUAUUUUUAAAACACUAUUAUUUUUUGCUUCAUUCAUGAGACAAAUAUAAUUGUCUCUAUAAAUGAAUAAACUUUCCUUGUAAUUGCUUGAAUAAGGCAUUCCAUGAAUAGAAUUUAUAUUAUUUUCAAGUGUAUUAGGAAAAGCAAUAUACUGCUUCAAAUCUGGCAAAAUACCAUCACAUAUCUAACAUCAUCAAUCAUUAUUGUUGUUUAAGAAUUGAGAUAUAGCAUGCACUAAUUGGAAAUUGUCGCUUUAACGAAGCUAGUUAAAUACAAAAAGGCAGGUUAUGUCCUCGGACUUUUAUAAGCUUAUUUUGUUAGCAUUCAGUUUAUCCGUUAUUAGAGUAUAAGAUGAAAAUUCAAUUCGAAUAAUAUUAUAAUAUUCAUAAUAACAUGAUAAAGACUGAAAUCAAUACCAUCAUUUUCACUUUUAAUGCAUGGAUUAAGAGUUUACUGUAUUUUCACUGGCAAGCUUUAUAGGUACCCGAAAUAGAAUGGAAGAUAUAAAUUUCUCAUUAUUCUUAAUCGUUUGGAAAAAAAAUAUUUUAUUAACUAGGAUAGUACGUAUAUUUCAGUAUUUUGUAAGAAUUAAAAUUUUAAGGUCUUCCAUUUUAUGCAAGGUUGAUUCUAAAUUUGAAUAAUGUAAAUGUAUUAUUUUGUAAAAUAUAUAUAUUUGAAUAUAAA